AUGAUUAUAAACCGAGCCAACUUUCGCUGUUUCUCCCUAAUUGCAAUUACCAACCCAAUCACCUCCCCGCCCCUGCAGGUGAUCCGCACCGACACCUUCAAGCACCUGCGCCACCUGGAGAUCCUCCAGCUCAGCCGCAACCUGGUGCGCAAGGUGGAGGUGGGCGCCUUCAACGGGCUGCCCAACCUCAACACCCUGGAGCUCUUCGACAACCGCCUGACCACGGUGCCCACGCAGGCCUUCGAGUACCUGUCCAAGCUGCGCGAGCUCUGGCUGAGGAACAACCCCAUCGAGAGCAUCCCCAGCUACGCCUUCAACCGCGUGCCCUCGCUGCGCCGCCUCGACCUGGGCGAGCUCAAGCGCCUGGAGUACAUCUCCGAGGCCGCUUUCGAGGGUUUGGUCAACCUGCGCUACCUCAACUUGGGCAUGUGCAACCUCAAGGAGAUCCCCAACCUGACGGCGCUGGUGAGGCUGGAGGAGCUGGAGCUGUCCGGGAACCGCCUGGGCCGGGUGCGGCCGGGCUCCUUCCAGGGUUUGGGCAGCUUGAGGAAGCUGUGGCUGAUGCACGCGCGGGUGGCGGCGGUGGAGCGCAACGCCUUCGACGACCUGAAGGCGCUGGAGGAGUUGAACCUGGCUCACAACGACCUGGCCUCGCUGCCCCACGACCUCUUCGCGCCGCUGCACCGGCUGGAGCGCGUGCACCUGCACCAUAACCCCUGGCGCUGCGACUGCGACGUGCUGUGGCUCAGCUGGUGGCUGCGCGAGACCGUGCCCAGCAACACCAGCUGCUGCGCCCGCUGCCACGCGCCGCCGGCGCUGCGCGGCCGCUACCUGGGCGAGCUGGAGCCCGGCCACUUCACCUGCUACGCGCCGGUCAUCGUGGAGCCGCCGGCCGACCUCAACGUCACCGAGGGCAUGGCGGCCGAGCUCAAGUGCCGCACGGGCACGGCCAUGACGUCGGUCAACUGGUUGACGCCUAACGGGACGCUGAUGACGCACGGCUCGUACCGCGUGCGCAUCUCGGUGCUGCACGACGGCACGCUCAACUUCACCAACGUCACCGUGCAGGACACCGGCCAGUACACCUGCAUGGUCACCAACGCCGCCGGCAACACCACGGCCACCGCCACGCUCAACGUCUCGGCCGCCGACGCCGCCGCGCGCCGCGGCGCCUCCACGGCCGCCCCGGCCACGCGCGCCACCGGCAAACCCUUCACCGUGCCCAUCACGGCGGCGGCGGCCGGCGCGGCGGCCGGGGGAGGUCUCCAAGACCUGGACGACGUCUUGAAGACCACCAAGAUCAUCAUCGGCUGCUUCGUGGCCAUCACCUUCAUGGCCGCCGUCAUGCUGGUGGCCUUCUACAAGCUCCGCAAGCAGCACCAGCGCCACAAGCACCGCGGCGGCCCGGCGCGCGCCGUGGAGAUCGUCAACGUCGAGGACGAGCUGGCCGGAGGUCCCGCCGGGGGAGGAGGGGGCGGCGGUCCCGGCGGCGGAGCCGGGACGGGCGGGGACAACCGGUUGGCGUUGCCGGCGUUGGAGAGGGAGCACCUGGACAGGUACGCGGCGCUGGCCGCCCACUACGGGGGCCCGGCGGCGGCGCUGGGCUGCGGGAAGACGCCGCUGCUCAACUCGGUGCACGAGCCGCUGCUCUUCAAGAGCCCCUCCAAGGAGAACGUGCAGGAGACGCAGAUCUGAGAUUUUUUUUUUGGGGGGGUGGGAUUUAUUCCCCCGCGCCCACCCACCCCCGUGACCCAGCCGGGAAAAGAUUUUGGG